CCAACUGCAGUCAUGAAGCUCGCUCUUCUCUUGGCUCUCUGCGGCGUCGCAGCCGCUCUGCUGGAGGACGAAAGGAUUGUGGGAGGGUACGAGUGCCCCCGGAACUCUGUGCCCUAUCAGGCGUCUCUCUUCACCGGGUACAACUACUGCGGGGGGAUUCUCCUGUCGGAGGAGUGGGUGCUCUCCGCCGCUCACUGCAGACCCAAGAACAACGUGGAGGUGCGUCUGGGGGAGCACGACAUCUGGGAGGAUGACGGAACCGAGCAGCACAUCAUGUCCGCCAAGUUCAUCCGCCACCCGGACUAUGACCCCCGCUCUCAGGACGGUGACAUCAUGCUGAUCAAGCUGAGUCGGCCCGCCGCCCUCACCAGCCACGUGCGCCCCGUACAGCUGCCCAGCAAGUGCGCUGCCGACGGGACCGUGUGCCGGGUCUCCGGCUGGGGGAGUCUCCGUCCCAGUGACGAGGGCUCGAGGUACCCCGCGGCGCUGCAGUGCCUGGAGGUCCCCCUCCUCAGUGACGACACCUGCUUCAACGCCUACCCCUUCCAGAUCACCGAGAACAUGAUCUGCGCUGGCUUCCUGGAGGGAGGCAAAGACUCCUGCCAGGGGGACUCUGGGGGCCCCAUGGUGUGUGACGGGGUGCUGCAGGGAGUGGUCUCCUGGGGGAAAGGCUGCGCCCUGAGAAACAAGCCGGGCGUUUACACGAAGGUCUGCAACUUUGUCUCCUGGAUCAAGACCACCAUGGCUUCAGGCUGAGAGACAAUAAAAG